AUGAAGUGGAAUCUGAAGUUGCCGAAUCCAGGCCUGGAGGACAGGAUUCUGAACCAUGAGGAGCUGGAAAAGUUGGAGGUGGAGGAGGCAGGUGACAGGCCCAAGUGGGACAACAAAGCCCAGUAUAUGCUGACCUGCGUGGGCUUCUGUGUGGGACUGGGCAAUGUCUGGCGCUUCCCCUACCUGUGCCAGAGCCAUGGAGGAGGGGCAUUCAUGAUUCCCUUCCUCAUCCUUCUGGUUUUUGAGGGCAUCCCUCUCCUCCAUCUGGAGUUUGCCAUUGGCCAGCGGCUAAGGAAAGGGAGUGUGGGAGUGUGGAGAACAAUUAACCCCUACAUGCUUGGUGUUGGUAUUGCAUCUAUGUCUGUGUCCUUUCUGGUCAGUCUCUACUAUAACACCAUUAUGGCCUGGGUCAUGUGGUACUUCUUCAACUCCUUCCAGGAGCCAUUGCCUUGGAGCCAGUGCCCCGUCAAUGCCAACAGGACAGGACUCAUUUCAGAGUGUGAGAGGAGCUCCCCUGUGGAUUAUUUCUGGUAUAGAGAGACUCUGAACUCCUCUCCAGCCAUAGAUGAAACAGGGGGUCUGCAGUGGUGGAUGAUACUCUGUCUGGCCUCUGCCUGGGCUUUGCUGUAUGUCUGCUGCAUCCGUGGAAUAGAAACGACUGGAAAGGCCGUUUAUGUGACUUCCACAUUGCCCUACGUAGUUCUUACCAUCUUCCUGAUCAGAGGACUGACUCUAAAAGGAUCCGUUGAUGGCAUUAAGUUCCUCUUCACCCCAGAUAUAAAUGAGUUAGCAAACCCCACCACAUGGCUUGAUGCAGGUGCACAAGUGUUUUAUUCAUUUUCUCUUGCCUUCGGGGGUCUGAUCUCCUUCUCCAGCUAUAACUCUGUACACAAUAAUUGUGAGCAGGAUGCAGUCAUCAUCUCCAUCAUCAAUGCCUUUACCUCAAUCUAUGCUGCCACUGUCAUCUAUAGCAUCAUUGGCUUUAGAGCUACAGAGAGAUUUGAUGACUGUUUAAAUGGAAACAUCUUGAUUCUUCUGAACACAUUUGAACUGCCAGAGGGAAACAUCACUGAGAGCAACUACGAAGCUGUUUUUCAGAGCCUUAACACCACAUACCCUGACAUCAUCGGCAACCUCACCCUGAAGGCCUGUGAUCUAAACAGCUUCCUCAGUGAGGGUGUGGAAGGAACAGGUCUGGCCUUCAUUGUGUUCACUGAGGCCAUCACUAAAAUGCCUCUGUCUCCAUUGUGGUCUGUCCUGUUCUUCAUCAUGCUCUUCUGCCUCGGCCUGUCCUCCAUGUUUGGCAACAUAGAGGGUGUUCUUGUUCCCCUGCAGGACCUGAAGGUCUUUCCUAAAAGCUGGCCCAAAGAGGUCCUUUCAGGACUGGUGUGUUUGGUGUGCUGCCUGGUUGGACUGAUAUUUGUGCAGGGCUCAGGGAACUACUGGCUAGCCCUGUUUGACAGCUUUGCUGGCUCAAUCCCACUCCUCAUCAUAGCUUUCUCUGAGAUGUUUGGAGUUGUGUACGUCUAUGGGAUUGACAGGUUCAAUGAAGACCUGAAGUUCAUGAUUGGACACAAACCUAACAUAUUCUGGCAAGCCACAUGGAGAGUCAUUAGUCCCCUAAUCAUGUUAGCCAUCUUCAUCUUCUACUUUUCCACUACUAUCACUAAGGAGAUCUUUUACAGUGCCUGGGACCCUGAAUCGGAAAAUUUCCCAACCCUCGAGAAGAAACCUUAUCCUUCAUGGAUCUAUGUGAUUAUCUUUUUCUUGGCUGGGAUCCCCAGUUUGGCUGUACCUGGAACAGCGAUUUUUAGAGCCAUACAAGACUUCUGCUGCAGAAAAGAUCGUGGUGCUCCAGUUCAGGAACUCAAUUCCAUAUCUUACAAAAUUCAUAUGCAGGAUGAAGAACAGAAGACCCACAAGUCAGAAAAGGCUGACCAAAACCCCCACAAAUAA